CCUCCUAUAGAGUGUUGUGUGUUAUGGGGCACAACAAGCAUUGUAUUGGGUUUGUUUCUCAUCCAUGCUGUGAAAAAGCAACUGGAGUCCAAAUAGUGUUUCUUUUCUCUGUAGGCUUAUUUGUUUGGCACCUUCAGAAAAGAGCGAUGCAGCAUAUGCCGUGCAAGCUUAUACAAAUUUGCAGGCUAGCCAGUAAAAGAUGGAUUACAUUUCAGCACUUUAGCUUCCUCAAACGAAUGUAUGUAACACAGUGCAACAAAAGCCUCUAUCAGCAAGCAAAACCGAAGCCAGAUCCAGUUGCACCUCCUUUCCAGGAGAGGCAACAUUUGGGGCAUGAAAAAACGGUUAUACAUAAGAUUAAGCCAGUUUCGCUUCCCUGCCUACCUUUGCCUGAGGCAUCAAAAGGAGCUGAGUUCAGCAAAGCAAAGUUAGCUGCAGAAAUAGAAGGCUCAGCAACAUCAGGAAUAGAAGAAUCCAAGGAAGAAAAACAAUGGAAAGAAAUGAAGUUACAGCUGGACGAUUUACCAGGAAUUUUAGCACGUUUGUCCAAAAUCAAACUUACAGCCCUGGUUGUGAGUACCGCAUCAGCUGGAUUUGCAAUGGCUCCAGUCCCUUUUGACUUCACUUGUUUCCUGCUUGCCUCUGUUGGAACUGGACUUGCUUCCUGUGCUGCCAACUCCAUCAAUCAAUUCUUUGAGGUUCCAUUUGAUUCAAAUAUGAACAGGACAAAGAACAGACCUCUGGUGCGAGGACAGAUCAG